AUGCCUCGCUAUAACAUUAAACGUAGACUAGCGGAUGAUCCCUACAAUGAUCGCCGCAUCUUCGUUUUGUCAUGUGUGCACGACGCAAUCUACUAUCUUCGUCACGGACCGCAUCGUCGUAACGAUGUCAUUGAAACAUUAGAGAAGAUUUCUGACAAGAUGGGUAUCGCUAUUUCAAGCUCGGUUUUGGAACGGGAUCCCCAGUUUGAGAGAUUGUGUCGUAAUCUUGAGCUGAUGCUGCCUGUCUUGAUCAGGAUCCUCAACAAGCACAACGACCGGGUCACCGACAAAGAGGUUGCUGAUGAUCUCAUCAGCUGCAUUCCCAGCGUUUUGCAGCAGCCUAAAAAGUGGAAUCCGGAUAUCGAAGAGAUUUCCGAUGAGGAAGAGUUUGAGAAAGAGCAGCGAAGGCAAAAUAGAUAUCCUCGCCAUCACAGAUAG